AUGGCUCAGAUAUCAUUGAUUAGAGACAAAAUAGGUGAUCGUGAUCCAGGUCUAUUGCCCGGUUCCAUCAAUUACCCGCGACCCGUAUUGGAUCCGCAUUACGCUAAAUACUAUCAGAGCGGUCAAGUUAUGGACAUUGCGAAGGAAGAGCGGGCAAAAUAUGACACCCAUGGUUUCGCAGCCUUUGGUCGCCACCAGCCGACUGGUCUACCAAUUCACGGGCCGCUACCGUACGAACAAUGCUUUCUGACUAAUAUACCCCAUGACUUGGAUUUGUCUGGCAAUUGGAUAACGGCUCGACCAUUGUUGGCACAGUUAGGCAUUCAGGUACAGAGAAAGAUAAUGGGCGGUUCGUUUGGCGAAGUAUGGCGCGUACGUAUGGGUCCCGGCAAUAACUAUAUGGCUAUGAAAAUAUUGCAAAUCAAACAGUUUAUCGGUAAGUACGGGUCGCUGACGGAAGCAAUGAGAAUGAUGCUCAGGGAUGUCGAAUCGGUACGCGGCUUAAGACAUCCGAAUAUGGUGUCCGUCGAGAAUGUCCUACACGUGCGCGACGAUCGGACCGGUUUUCGGGCCGUUUAUUCGUUUAUAUUUAUGGAACUAUGCGACGGAGAUAUGUUGGACGAGAUGGAUAAGCUGCCUGGCGAUGUGUACGAUGAAGUGGGUGCUCAUCGAUGGUUUAAACAGAUAAUCGAAGGACUGGACUAUUUGCACCAGAAUCGUGUCGCCCAUUUGGACAUCAAACCGGAUAAUAUACUAUUCAAACUACAACCACGCCGUGCACCCAAUGUCUACAAGUUGGCCGAUUUUGGGUUGGCCGAAGUUUUUCAUGCCGACGAACCAUCGAUGGAAAGAUCAAUCAAAAAAGGUACGCCCAGAUAUUUGCCGCCCGAAGUGUUUGUCUAUAAACUAUUGCCGCCAAACAGUCCCGUACAGGUGUUUGAUAUGGAAAAAUGUGACAUCUAUUCGCUGGGUAUGACACUGGCGCUCAGUUUGAUUGGCUUCAACGGUAUCGACCAAUACUGUAUCCCAACGACUGGUUGGGUACAGGGCUUGGAUCCCAAUUCGUUUAUCGAUGACUUUCUUGUUUUUACUAAUAAAUAUCUAAGAAAUCAUCCGAUGAUCGACCUAUUGAUGUCGAUGACCAAUACAGUACCCGGACAGAGGCCAACUAUUCAACAGUUACGCAACAAUCCAUGGCUACAACAGGUUUUAUGA